AUGACCACUGAAAAGUCACAGGCUAAAAUUCGUCUGCAGUCGUCAGACAAUGAGGUAUUUGAAGUUGAACGUGAUGUUAUUAAACUCUCAACUACUAUCAAUACAAUGCUUCAAGAUCUUGGUAUGGACGGUAAUGAGGCAGGAGAUACCGAAAUGGGUGAUCCGAUUCCCCUGCAGAAUGUUAAUGCUGCCAUUCUUAGAAAGGUGAUACAAUGGUGCCAAUAUCACAAAGAUGAUCCUGCACCACCCGAAGACAGUGAUAAUAAAGAGAAAAGGACCGACGAUAUUCCGUCAUGGGAUGUGGAAUUCUUGAAAGUUGAUCAAGGCACACUGUUCGAAUUGAUUCUUGCAGCCAAUUAUUUGGACAUUAAAGGUUUGUUGGAUGUAACAUGCAAAACGGUUGCAAAUAUGAUUAAAGGAAAAUCACCGGAAGAGAUCCGUCGAACGUUCAACAUCAAAAAUGACUUCACUCCCGAGGAAGAGGAACAGAUCCGUAAGGAGAAUGCGUGGUGUGAGGAUUAA